CUGAAACCACUGCAAUGGCUCCCACUGUCUCUGCACACUGCUCUAAGGAGAUGGCUUCAGCUCAUAAGUUGAGAAAGCCCAUGGUUGAAAAGCUGCGUCGUGAUCGGAUUAACUCCAGCAUUGAGCAACUCAAGUCCCUGUUGGGCCCAGAGUUCCUCCGGCAGCAGCCCGACUCCAAGCAGGAGAAGGCAGACGUUCUGGAGAUGACUGUGGCCUACCUACAGGCCUGGCAGCAGCAGGCGCCCCCUAAAGUGACCACUAAAAGAGCCCCUGUCCCCAACAUGAGGACCUCUGGUGAAGGAUACACACGCUGUAUCCAGGAGGCUGUCAGCUUCCUGUCACACUGUGAGCUGCAGACCCAAGCGCACAGGAGGCUGCUGGGACACUUCCAGGGACGGGCCCCUGGGAGCCCUCCUGUCAGUCCCCCACGCUCCCCUCUGCAGAAGGACCACUGCAAGGUCCAAAUCCAGAGUAACGGGCUUUGGAGGCCCUGGUAGGACUAAGUUUAAAGUCUGGAGUGGACUAAACCCUGUCUAUGAUGUCAUGGACUGCUGUAGGACCCCUCAGUCCCAGAUGGGACAUGCUCCUGUCCCUAUGCUUCUGAUGGGACAUGUGGAUGAAGAUUUGAGGCUCUGGUUCCUCAGAGCUGUGGACUUCUGUACUUCUGUAGAAGCUCUUCUCUUACUUCGAUAGAAGCUCUUCUCUUGUUCCUCUGGGACAGAACUGUCAUGUGUUUGUUUACAAAUGUCUAUGUUCAAUGUUAAACCUAUUUUUGGUUUAUACCGUUAAACCCGCUUUUGGGUUACAAUGUUAAAAUAUUAAACCCACAUUGGAGUCUGUUACAUGUUACACCCCAUUGGGUUAUUGUUGAUAAUAAGAAAAACUAAAGUGUGAUACUGAGUAUCUGUUGAGCCUGUGAUCCUAUGGAUCUGCCUGUGUAAAUCUCAAAUGAUUUCAUUUGAUUUAAACUGUGACUUUAUUUGUCCCAUGUCUGAUA